CGUAGACCUACUGUAGUAGCGGCAAUCGGCAGCGUCCAUCUCUCAAAUAGCAACUAAUUUAAGGUCCCUUGUCGCAGUUGCAUUAGAGAUCUUGGCAAGAUGGCUUCUGGAAACUGGUAUGAUUCUGCCAUAGAGGGUGUGCUUCUGGACAUUACUGGUGUGCUGUACAAUAGCACGGACGAAGGGGGUGUUCCGAUACCUGGCUCAAUUGAAGCGGUCAAAAGAUUAAAGGCAUCUGGUGUCCGGGUCAGGUUCUGCACCAACGAGACCCAGUGUACUCGCCAGCAGCUGGUGGACAAGCUCCAGAGGUUGGGAUUUGAGCUGUCGGUCCCGGAAGUCUUUGCUCCUGCACCCGCUGCCUGUCAGUUGCUCAAAGCCAGAGGCUUGACGCCCCACUUACUAGUCUAUCCAGGUGUUUUGCCUGAGUUUGAAGCCUUUGAUCUCGGUGCCAAGCCAACCUGUGUGGUUGUAGGUGAUGCUGCAGAUAUCUUCAACUACGAGACGAUGAACAACACCUUCAGGAAACUCCUAGAGAUGGAUCCACCUGUACUUAUAUCCAUGGGUGUGGGGAAGUAUUAUCGUCAUGGAGGAGAGCUAAUGUUAGAUGUUGGUCCUUUCACUAAAGCAUUGGAGUACGCUGUGAGGUGCGAGGCUAUUGUAGUCGGGAAGCCAGAUAGGAAUUUCUUUCUUGGAGCUCUUCAAGACAUGGGGGUGCAGCCACAAAAUGCCAUUAUGGUAGGAGAUGACAUAGUGAAUGAUGUGGGAGGUGCACAGAAGUGCGGCCUGAAGGGCCUUCAAGUUAGAACAGGAAAAUUCAGACCUUCAGAUGAGCACCAUCCUGAAGUUAGACCAGAUGGCUUUGUGGAAAACCUUGCCCAUGCUGUAGACCUCUUACUCCAACACCGGAAGAAAUGAGCUGUGGACCCAAUAACACUUCCAUCUAGUCUGCAGUCACAGGUCUUUACUUGAUAAUAACGCAAGGUCUGAACCAUCUUGGGUUGUAGACUAAUGGUCAGUAAAUGGUAUGCAGGUACUGACACAAUUUCGACUCUUGUUUUAUAUAUUUCUAAAAAUGAAGGAAAUAAAAGGUAAAUCUAUCUGAACAGUGUGAUAAUACGACUGA